CUGCCCUCACCACCAGUCCCCGCAGUCUCAUUUGCCGCCUUCCGACGCGUGACCCCUGCGUGCUCGCGUCCCGGGCCGGUGACAGGCGCGGGGUGCGACGAGCGGCCCCAUGUGCCCCCUCCCUCUCGCGGUCGCCGCAGUCACCGCGCCCCGAGCCCCGCUCCGGCUCCUCUGCAGAGGGCUCGCCGCCGCCAUGUCUACCGCCAGGCCACUCAAAUCCGUGGACUACGAAGUGUUCGGGAAAGUGCAGGGUGUUUGCUUCAGGAUGUACACUGAAGAUGAGGCUAGGAAAAUAGGCGUGGUUGGCUGGGUGAAGAACACCAGCAAAGGCACUGUGACAGGCCAAGUGCAAGGCCCCGAAGAGAAAGUCAAUUCCAUGAAGUCCUGGCUGAGCAGGGUUGGAAGUCCUAGUUCUCGCAUUGACCGCACAAACUUUUCCAAUGAAAAAACCAUCUCCAAACUUGAAUACUCUAAUUUUAGUAUUCGAUACUAAUAGGGGAAAUUAAAAUUGUAAUGCUUAUAAUGUACAAAAGACACUGUGUAUUCUUUAAUCUAUAUACUAGAAUGAUAGUAGCAGAGUGGGGUAAAAAAGAACUUUCUGUUCUGAAAGUUACAACAUUAUAUGUUACUAAAAAUGUCUGACACAAAUUGUUUUACUCAACUGUGUUUUUAAGAAGCCAACAGUUAGCAUUCUAAAAUUUAAAAUAUCACUGCAAAAUAUUUAAUAUUAUCUUACUGUAUUUAAACUUGUCUCAUGAAAUCUUUAAUUCUAAUGAAUAUUAUGGCAUACAUGUUAUUUGGAUGGACAUAAAAUAAUAAAGUCAACCAUUUAAAAAUUAUUUUUAGGUAUUGCUGUCUGAAUUGAGUUCUAAAAUCUUUGAAUAAUAAUUUGUUGUUAAAGUUGAAUAAUUUAAUAACAACAACAAAAUAACCAGUAGUUAGAUAUAAAUGUAUAUGAUGAUCAGUAUAGCCCUGAAAUCAAUAAAGAGUUAGUUUUAAAAA